AUGUCCACCUGUGUGCUGACCACAGACCGGAGACUCCUGCAGCAGCCAGGUGACUCAGACUACGUCUACUUCGAGAAUUCCUCGAGCAACCCGUACCUGAUCCGGAGGAUUGAGGAGCUCAACAAGACGGCGAAUGGGAACGUGGAGGCUAAGGUGGUGUGUUUCUACCGACGCCGGGACAUCUCCAGCACACUCAUCGCCCUGGCUGACAAGCAUGCCACCUUAUCAGUGUGCUAUAAAACUGGACCUGGGUCUGAGAAUGAUGAGGAAGGGGAGAUGGAGGAGGAGAUGGAGAACCCGGAGAUGGUGGACUUGCCUGACAAGCUCAAACACCAGCUUCGGCACCGAGAGCUCUUCCUGUCACGGCAGCUGGAAUCCCUGCCUGCCACCCAUAUCAGGGGCAAGUGCAGCGUCACACUGCUCAAUGAGACGGAAUCACUCAAGUCCUACCUGGAACGAGAGGAUUUCUUCUUCUAUUCUCUGGUCUAUGACCCCCAGCAGAAGACCUUGCUGGCUGAUAAGGGGGAGAUCCGUGUGGGGAACCGGUACCAGGCUGAUAUCACUGACUUGCUGAAGGAAGGCGAGGAGGAUGGCCGUGACCAGUCCAAACUGGAGACCAAGGUCUGGGAGGCACACAACCCCCUCAUCGACAAGCAGAUUGACCAGUUCCUGGUGGUGGCCCGCUCUGUGGGCACCUUUGCACGUGCACUGGACUGCAGUAGCUCCGUCCGCCAGCCCAGCCUGCACAUGAGUGCUGCGGCCGCCUCCCGGGACAUCACCCUGUUCCACGCCAUGGACACGCUCCACAAGAACAUCUAUGACAUCUCCAAGGCCAUCUCGGCCCUGGUGCCGCAGGGUGGGCCAGUGCUGUGUCGGGAUGAGAUGGAGGAAUGGUCAGCCUCAGAGGCCAACCUCUUCGAGGAAGCUCUGGAGAAGUAUGGGAAGGACUUCACAGACAUCCAGCAGGACUUUCUCCCCUGGAAGUCCCUCACCAGUAUCAUCGAGUACUACUACAUGUGGAAGACCACCGACAGAUAUGUCCAGCAGAAACGCUUGAAAGCAGCAGAGGCUGAGAGCAAGUUAAAGCAAGUUUAUAUCCCUAACUAUAACAAGCCAAACCCAAACCAGAUCAGCGCCAACAGCAUCAAGGCGGGUGUGGUGAAUGGCACAGGGCCGCCAGGCCAGAGUCCCGGUGCUGGCCGGGCCUGCGAGAGUUGUUACACCACACAGUCUUACCAGUGGUAUUCUUGGGGUCCCCCUAACAUGCAGUGUCGUCUCUGCGCCUCUUGUUGGACUUAUUGGAAGAAAUAUGGUGGCUUGAAAAUGCCAACCCGCUUAGACGGCGAAAGGCCGGGACCCAACCGCAGUAACAUGAGUCCACAUGGCAUCCCCACGCGGAGCAGCGGGAGCCCUAAGUUCGCCAUGAAGACAAGGCAGGCCUUCUACCUGCACACCACCAAGCUGACCCGCAUUGCUCGGCGGCUGUGCCGUGAGAUCCUACGUCCCUGCCAUGCUGCCCGGCACCCCUACAUGCCCAUCAACAGCGCUGCCAUCAAGGCUGAGUGUACGGCUCGGCUGCCUGAGGCCUCCCAGAGUCCGCUGGUGCUGAGACAGGUGGUACGGAAGCCCCUGGAAGCCGUGCUCCGAUACCUUGAGGCCCACCCGCGCCCACCGAAGCCUGAGCCUGUGAGGAGUGUGGCUGGCACGCCCAGCAGCCUGACCCCCGCCAAGGUGGCUCCCGUCAUCAACAACGGCUCCCCGACCAUCCUGGGCAAGAGAAGCUAUGAACAGCAUAAUGGGACGGACGGCAACAUGAAGAAGCGCCUCCUGAUGCCCAGUAGGGGUUUGACAAACCAUGGACAGACCAGGCACAUGGGACCAAGCCGGAACCUGCUGCUCAAUGGGAAGUCAUACCCCACCAAAGUGCGCCUAAUCCGGGGGGGCUCCUUGCCACCCGUCAAGCGGCGAAGGAUGAACUGGAUCGAUGCCCCUGAUGACGUGUUCUACAUGGCCACUGAGGAGACCAGGAAGGUCCGGAAGCUGCUCUCGUCCUCAGAGACCAAACGUGCUGCCCGCCGGCCCUAUAAGCCCAUCGCCCUGCGCCAGAGCCAGGCCCUGCCCCUCCGGCCACCUCCCCCACCACCUGUGAAUGACGAGCCCAUUGUCAUCGAGGACUAG